AUGCUCAUCAAGACCCUCCUCGCCACCCUCUCGGCCGCCUCGGCCGUCUUCGCCGCGACUCCCCUCGAGAGCGGCAACUGGGUCUCGGUGAACCCGGGCUUCCAGACGCAGACGUGCGCCGGCGGCAGCGUCAGCGGCACCACCUUCACCAUCCCCACGAGCCCCAACGGCAGCACCUCCGGCUCCGGCUGCUCCAACGGCCACCUCCGCGCCGAGCGCCGCUACAACAACGACUACAGCUCCGGCGUCCACCAGUUCGCCGGCACCUUCAAGAUCAACUCCAUGGGCGGCAGCCGCAUCGCCAUCAAGCAGACGUUCAACGGCGACGCGGGCCCUUACUUCAUCCUUGCUGUCGACACCGGCGGUCGUCUGUACAGCGUCGAGGGCGGCGCCACGCUGGCGACGGGCGUUGCCAACGUUGGUUCGAGCGUCACCAUCAACACGGUUCACAAUGCGGAUAUUCACAGCUACCGGGUCUAUGUCAACGGCCAGUUGGCGUUCCGGGAUGACAACGCCCCCGGCGGAAGCUUCUACGACAAGUUUGGUGCUUAUACUACUGAUAGCGGUACUGGUCCCAUGAGCAUCACUUGGUCGGAUGUUGCCUUCUGGACUCGUCAGUAA